CUUUUGAACACAGCGUUGUCUCAUAUGUGCGACAAGUCAGUCAACACCUCCGCACAAUAAUUCAGCGCAGGAGCUGAAAGUGAAAUCGCAGUGUUAGCCGAACAGGUACCACGGCGAACUGGUUCAGUCCUACAUGAACUCUGCGUUUCAUCGUGAAGAGCUGCGAACCAAUCCUUACUUCAAACCAGAAAGAUGGCUUCUUAGGUUUACAAGAAGAUGGUCAACAUGUUCAAUCUGAAGCAAGCAUCUCUACUUUUCAUUCAGCUGUUAAAAAUUCAGAAUAUCUUCAAAGUGUCAGCAACUAAGAUGGAAGCUCAUAGGAACAUGUUGGUGUCCAGCGGCGACCCGGUCGUGUUUCUUUGCAACAUACAGGAGAAUGCCACAACAAUAAUCAACUGGAACAAUGACAGAUGUUAUUUUUCAUAUUCCACCUCAAAGAAUCAGACGUUCUCAAAUUUUUCCUCUGAAAGAGUCAAAAUAGACAUUAAUAUGCCUUCCAAGCUCAGCAUCUUUAGAGCUCAACAUGAUGAUUCUGGACUAUAUACAUGCAUUGUAACUGAUAGAGGAGGCUUUCGAAACAUGGUAUGGAAUUUAACUGUGUCUAACAAACAAGGUGUUAAUUUCUCAAGGUACAUAUUUUUCAUUCUAUCACCUGCCGUUGGAUUGUUUAUAUGUUGCAUCAUGCUAGUCGUCUGCCUCUGCAAAAAGAAUGGGAGAGGAAGACAAGACCAAGGCCCAGUCGACAACCAGCACCAGCACUACCAGUCUCAACCAGAACAGAUCUACCAUCUAGUCAAUCUUCCAGCUAGUCCAGACUGUUGGAGGAACACCCAGCAGAGGAGGAUGUACAUCGAGAGACUGAAUUCAAUUUAUGGCCAUCUCUGAGCUGAGACAUGUUCCAGGUCUUUGAAGAAAGAGAUAAACGUUUGAUGGACGUUACAUGUUGUCUUUAUAAUCAGAAGAAACACAAUGACAAGAAGUAGACCUUUCCCAACAACUUGGUUGUCUUCAUAGUAAAGGGAUCAAAUCAUAAGGCACAAAAACAACAACCAAGUAUGUUGUUGUCAGCUUCUUAUUGAGGGUCUGUUGCAUUGUCAGUGGUGCUUCAUUAAAUAUGUAUUCCAUGGUCAGCAGGUCUGAAUAGGUACAACUUGUGUGUGUUUUUUUUAUAAGGACAUUUUAUAUCAGUUAUGUAUUUAUUUUUUGUUUGUUGUUUAAAUUGGAUAUCCUGGGGUAUAAUAAAGUAAUAUGCAGGGAAUCUACAGUAUUAACUGCAGAGGAUGUUGUUUUUGUUGUUUAUUGUGUUUUUACAUAUGAUUGAGUGUACUUUCAUGGAAAUUAUGACUUGCUUGAUAUUUUUUUUGUUGUUUUCUUUGUUUAUUUAUAAAUGUAUGUAAGUGACCAGUGUCACAUGUAAAGUCACUGAGCAAAAUAUCCCUGUUAGGAUAAUA